GACCCCUUAGCAAGAAAAUUUUCUUCAGUGGAUAAAACAAAACAUUCAAAUGGGAUAUGUAGAUUAGUGAUAUAGAUAAGCUUGCAUUAAUUAGCAAAAUUAAUUUACUAGUCUCGCUAUUGAAUGGAUGCAACAGUUUUUAAAAAUUGUGAGGAUGAAUUUCAUCAAAUUAUUGGUGUGGUUAAUUUCGAACAAUUUGGUCAAGGUUUUUAAUAAAAGAUGAAACAGAGUGGUCAUAUUUGUUGGGCUGAUCUCAAAUAGAUAUGGCUGCAAAGGCAAUGACAGCGACAACGAUGUGGCUUGAAUUCCAACGCCACUUCCGAUCCUGAUCUCGUUAUUUGUUCAACAGCGUCCCUAUUGUGAAAGCCAAAGUGAUAGUAUUCCUAUUAUCAACACGUCUUCGGUUCUCUCAGCUAAUAUUUCAACGGAGAACAAUAUGAUUCCUACAAUAAACGUAACGCCUCAUAGUCCGGCUUCAAUAACAAAAUAUAACAAUAUUUUCGAGGAUACGUUGAGCCAAUUGCAAAAUAUACGGGAAACUGUAGUACAAAUGAAAAAUUGUGCUCACAUGAAUGAUAGUUUCAAUAGUUUUGGACCCGUUAAUGCUGCAGUCCUAAGCGCCUCUCUACCUAAUCUUAAUGCCGCAAAUAUUACGGUCAAUGUAACAAAUACUAUCGGUAAUUGUGUAAGGUGGAUGCCACAACAGCAACAAUACAUUCCUUUGAAUGGGCGUCGUAGGUCUUGGACAAUUAUUGAUGACCUGAAUAUAACAAACAAGAGCAUCAGUCUAUCCAGCUUAGAUAGUGAAGAGCCGGAGACAAUAUGUGCUACAGAUCAGCGCCGACGAUCUGCUAGAAAAAGCACUGGAGGUAAGUUCAUUUAGUACAUAUGCAUGAACGAAAGACACAAGAUCACGCGGGAAGGAAAGAACGAAAC